AUGUUCGGCGGCGGAGGAGGGAGUGUUUAUUGGGGGAGGAGGAGGAGGGAAUUCAAAGGGAUUGUGGUGAUAUUCGCUUGGGUUUCCGCUCACCCUGGGGAUUUGAGGAGCCUUGUCGAUUUGUAUUCCUCUCUCGGUUGGAAUUCUCUCGUUUCCCAUGCCGAUUUCCUCACCGCGUUUUAUCCCGAGAGAGCCAUUUCGUUGGCGUUUCUUCUCCUCAGUGAACUUGUCCAGGAGCUAAGGGUUCGGCCAUGUCCAGUUGUCUUUGUGGCUCUUUCUGGUGGUUCAAAAGCUUGCAUGUCCAAGGUUUUUCAGAUCAUCCAAGGUUCUUGUGAAGGUCAUCUUAACCUGGAUGAAAGUCGUUUAAUCGGAAACUGCUUUUCUGGCCAUAUCUAUGAUUCUAGCCCAGUAGACUUUACGAGUGAUUUGGCUGCCCGGUUUGCUCUUCCAGCCAUUCAGAAAAUGCCCGGCCCGUCAAAACUCAUGUCUUGGUUUGCAAAAGGGGUCACUUCUGGUCUUGAUGGUUUGUACCUUACCAGGUUUGAGUACCAACGAACACAGUAUUGGCAGAAUCUGUACUCAUCAGUUGAGUUAGGAGCCCCAUACCUGAUUUUAUGCUCAGCUGAUGAUGAGGUUGCAUCUUGCAAUGUUAUCUGUGAAUUCAAACAUAAACUACAAGUACUUGGCGCUGAUGUUGCACUUGUGAAGUUGAAUGCUUCUCCUCACCUAGGUCAUUACAAGUAUCAUCCAACCCCGUACAGCACAGCAGUGACCAAUUUGCUAGAGAAGGCCACAUCAGUUUAUUGCCAAAGAAUCCAACAACUCCAAGAGGGACUAAAGAUGGAUGGUAUGCAUCACCAAAUAUCCAAUUUAGUAUGCGACCUUCAGCAAGUGGCAGUCGACUCAAAUGAAGGAUUAAGAAGAGUACCGCCGGUUCUGCCCAAUGAUGACUUCUUUGGACAAAGUUCUUCCAAAGACCAGAAUAAUAAAGAGUCAGAAUCUCCACAAGAUGAAAGGAAAGAGAACUCCUCUAUAAACCUGAGCAGCCCCCCCAGGAUAAGCCCUCAUGGUGUUCUUGGCCAAGUGCUGUUCGAUGCUUGUGUUCCCAAGUAUGUGGAUGGAUGGGAUAUUAGGUUUUCUGGAUGCCUCAAUGGACAACCUGUUGCUUCUGCAAGUAAGCGCUCUCAUCUGCAGGCCUUGAAACGCUUCCGCCGCUCGAGAUUAUAG